AAAAAUUGAGGGGUGUGAAAACGAAAAGACCUUAGCUUUCGCUAAUCGGUUUCAUAAAUUGUAAAUUCUAAAUCUAAUUCAAACGUAUCGUCCAAAUUAUCACACAAUAAAAAGUAAGUGUGAUUUGUCUGGAAUGUAAUUAAGUGUAAAUAUCUUUACACACUGCGUUUACUGAGAACUAAUGUCAUUCACACUACGUUUGCUAAGAAAUGCCGGAAGGAAGAUCCAGGUGCGAACGUUUGCUGCUGAGGCUGCUGCACCAAAAGAAGGUGAAAUGGCGCUCACAUUUGCUGCAGGCAACAAGGUGUUCUUUGAUAAGCAAGUUGUGAGGCAGAUUGAUGUGCCCUCAUUCAGUGGGUCGUUUGGUAUCUUGCCCAAGCAUGUCCCUACACUAGCUGUUCUUAGACCCGGUGUGGUUACAGUGACUGAGAAUGACGGCAAACAGAGCAAGAUAUUUGUGUCCUCCGGCACAAUCACAGUUAAUGACGAUUCCUCAGUACAGGUCUUAGCUGAAGAGGCGCACCCCGUAGAGAGCUUGGACCGCUCCGCCGCGCAGGAGGCGCUCAGCAAGGCACAGUCCGAGUUCAACUCGGCUGCCAAUGAACAGGCUAAAGCUGAGGCGGCCAUCGCUGUAGAAGUCGCAGAGGAAAUCGUGAAAGCCGCGACGGCGUAGAUUGCCAUCGGUGGACGUUUAGCUUAACAACUAUUUAAUGGUAAAAUAAUUCAAUAAACUCGUUUAAAUAGAGCAAA